AUUGUCGAGACAACUUUUGUAACUUGUGUUUUUGACGAAAGGAACCUGAACGCGAAUUUAGAAUGUUGGCGAAUGCCUUUACAAUAGGGAGACUGCAUCAACUGCGGCUGCACUCUCCGUGCUCUAGCUAUUUACGUUUGCAACUCUUGUCUAACGGUCGUCGAUGGAAAAGCGACACUACCACCAAACAAGGUUACCGAGUACUUUUCUUUGGAAACGAUGAAUUCGCCGAAAGUCACCUGAAAGCACUGUUAGAAGAGAAAGAAAGAGACAGUACUGUUAUAAGUCAUAUAGAGCUCGUAACAUCACCGGACAGAAGGACUGGAAGAAAGUUGAGCGUGUUGAAGCCCAUGGCUACAAAAGUGUUCGCGGAAAAGCAUAAUAUACCGGUUCAUCAUACUCCAUCCACAGGCCGAACACUUAAUGGAUGGAAUCCACCCACACCAUUUGAUCUUGGUGUUGUUGUAUCGUUCGGCUACUUUGUUACCCCAAAUGUUCUGAAAACAUUACCCUUGGGAGCGGUCAAUGUACACCCUUCGCUAUUGCCGGCUUACAGAGGAGCUUCGCCACUACAGUAUACCAUCAUGAAUAGAGAUAAAGUUGGAGGAAUUACGGUGCAGGAACUUGAUGAGAAAGCUUUCGAUGCCGGUAGAAUAUUAGCCCAAGAAGAGAUUGAUCUGAGUACGGAACCGCCAAAAUCAUACAACGAUUUACGUGAUAGAUUAAGUUCUAUAGGCGUACGGCUGCUGGUGGAGACAAUUCGCGACCUCGAGAGCCGAAAGAAAAACGCUACAGUCCAAGAUAUGACAAAAGUCACAAAAGCUCCAAAAAUAAAGAAAGAGCUGGCUCAUGUUGACUUUGAAGGAAUGGAGGCGGUCGACAUAGAGGCGAUCUUCAGAGCCAUAGGUCACCAGAACCCACUGCUGACAACAAUUGCCGUACCUCCUGAGAAAGGAAGGGAGAAUGCAAAAGCGCGGCGGAUCAAUCUCCAGCUACAUGACUUAUACCUACCAGAGGAGUCAGUGCUCAAGACCAGAUCCAGUAAGAAUGCUCAACCUGGAACCAUCGCUUAUGAUGCUCAGUCUCAAUCCAUCCAUGCUAUGUGCAAAAAUGGCACUGUUAUUGGCAUUAAACGGCUAAAGGCUGAAAAUAAGGCUGAACGUAGCGCUGACGAUUUUUGCAAUGGCUACGGACUACAAAAAGAUAGAACUGGAUUGUUCGAACGGAUAAUAUAGGUAUAUUGGAACUGUAUGCAUAUGCUUGGAACUGAAGUCCAUGUUGAGAAACAAAAAAGAAAAUAUUGUACAAAAUGAAUGAAUAGAUGAGAAAAAAUAAGUUGUGUGAAAAUACAAUACUGAUUGACAGUGACUCUACAUAUAUGAAGA